AUGCAAGAAGAUGCACCUGAAAAAACACAACAAUUGCAAAAUUUUCAAUCCGAUGAUUUGCUAGAAAAGUUAAAACUACUUAACUAUGAAAAACACUUGUUAAGAGAAUACAAAUUGAAGCCUUUAUCGCGUUUUUAUUUUGUCAAGGCUACGAAUCCUGGAGAGCAGUUCUUUAUGUUUACCUUGAUAUGUUGGUGGUUGUGCAAAAAACUGGGUAAGGAUAUGGAACGUCCGCAGGAAUCCGAUGAUCCGAAUACGGUUAUAGCCAAGAUCAUGCAAAUGCUAGAAGAAAUUGAUGUUCCCGUGGAUUUUGCACCCACCAAGCUCAUACGGGGAGCAGGUCCCAUUUGCCUCAUGGUGCUCGACAUUUUGGCCACGCAAUCGCUGAAAGUCACCAAGGUGAACUAUCAGCGUCUGCACAUUGCACAGGAGGAGGAAUUUGUGGGCGACUAUUUGGAAGACAAUGCUGAGAUAAUACUGGAAAAGCUGGAGGAUGAGCAAAAUGCCACCAAUCUCAGCGAUGACAGCGACUUGGAGUUGGAGGCGCACAAUUUCAAGCAACUCAAUUGGCUGAAUCGCCAGAAGCGAAAUCUUGGAGAGAUGUCCGCCAAUGCGACGGAUGAGCAUAGCCGGGAGAUCGAUGCCCGCCUCAGUGAUCACCAGGAAUGGCGACUGGAGCUGGAACGUGUCCUUCAGCAGCUCAAGGUCUAUGUCAAGGCCGAUGCUCGCGACUGGCGUACGCAUAUUAGCCAGAUGGAGGCCCUCAACACGGGUAUCGCCAAUGUGGCAGAACCUACUCAAGUGCAGCUCAAGAAACUCCACAGUGAGUUCACCUUCAGUCUGGAGAAGAUCGAGAGUCGUGAAAAGCAUCUGAAUAAUGAACUACAACAACUUAUACAACAGUACAAGGAGUUGUCCAUUGAACUCUCCACUGUGCAAUAUGCCCAGAAUCAAAUUCAGACGGACAUGGAGGAAAAAAUGAAUACACUUAGUGAGGUUAUGGCCGAACAGGAGCUCAAAAAGGAGGAAAUGGAACGGCGUGGGCAGGUUAUGUCCGAUGGAAGUUCCGUGCAACAGAUCAAGAAGGCGAUAGUAAAACUUAAGGAUGACAUUUCUCAACUCAAUCUGGAGGUGGCACUCUUGGUGCAUGCCUACGAUCAGGAUACAGUGCGUCAAACACUCGGUGUGGCUGAUCAGACAAACAACUGAUAACCCUAAUAAACCCCUACCAUUUAUACAUA